UGUGGCAAGUUACCAGUUCUCUCUUGACGCUCUGUUGGUCGCCACGAAGGACAAGGGCAGGAAAAUGGCUUUCCUCAUGAAAUGUUGCACUUUAAUCGUCAACGUGCUGUGCUUGCCCCUUCAUCUGAUCCGAGCGGUCGGUCUGUAUGAAAUAUACAGACGCAUCUUCCCUUUUUGUGUAUAUCGGAUCUCUAUAACGUACAACAAGAAAAUGUACGACAAGAAGAAGGAGCUGUUUCGCAGUCUCCCCGAGUUCAGCAAGCCUGGCAAGCAGCUCACAAUUUUGGAGAUCGGAUGUGGCUCGGGCACAAAUUUUGAGUUUUACCCGCCUGGUUGCAGGGUCAUCUGCACUGACCCGAACCCUCAUUUUCAGAAAUAUCUGAAGAAAAGCAUGGACGCGAAUGACCAGCUCACAUAUGACAGAUUUGUGGUGGCAUCGGGGGAGGACAUGGGGGCAGUUGAGAGCGAGUCGGUAGACGCUGUUGUCUGCACCCUGGUGCUCUGCUCUGUCAACAACACUCCGCAAACUCUGCGAGAGGUUUGCCGCCUGCUGAGACCAGGUGGAGCAUUUUUCUUCAUGGAGCAUGUUGUUGCAGAUCCCUCGACUUGGUCUUACUUCUUCCAGCACGUCCUGCAGCCUGCAUGGCAAUACUUUGGUGAUGGAUGUGAGGUCACCCGGGAAACAUGGAAAGAUCUGGAGGCAGCUGGAUUUUCCCAGGUCAAACUGAGGCACAUCCAAGCUCCACUCAUGUUCAUGAUCAAACCACACAUCUUUGGUCACGCUGUAAAGUAAAUAAGCCAGCUUCUGUCUGUUUAGCUUUGUAGUGAGCUUGCUUUACAACCAGUGUAUGAAUAUGCCAAGCACUUAAUGCCUCUCCUCUGCUUUGUGAUUAUUAAUUACCAGUGAUAGAGGAAACACCAAUCACUUUAAUACUAAUUUUAUUUUUGUAUUGAAAAAAACUUUGAGUUUUGUAAUGAUGCAUUUUGCACACUGAUUAAAACAUUACAUAUAGAGCACAAAAUACUCCUUUUGUAUGCCGUUUAAAGAAUAAAUCUUGCAGUUUGUUUGAUCUUCUAUUUAUAGAUUAAUCGCCAAGUUGCUUGCUGAUAAAUCAGUGAUACUGCCAUAGGGACUUGCUGUCCGUCACUAUCAGUGUGUGCUACUGCUGGAUUCAUUUGUAUCUUUUAUGACAUGACAGAUGUGUCACUAAAUACUUGUUGUGUUGUGCCUUAAUGUUUGUGAAUAAAGAGUUGAAUCCUA